GACCCUCUCCGCUCUUAUUCUGCUUAUCUUUUCGAUUACCCCCCUCUCUUGUUCUGCUUCUCUUCUCGAUUUCCUAAAAUUUGUGGUUUAGGGCAAGUACUCUCUUCGCUACAGUAGAUCGGAGAACCAUUCUACGCAGUAUUGCACUCAUCUGUCCAGUAGACUCGUCAGCUCAGCAUAUUUUACGGAGUCCCAGCAGUAAUGGGGGUAGAAAACUACCAUGUAAUUGAGCUCGUCGGUGAAGGUUCAUUUGGGAAGGUGUACAAAGGAAGGAGGAAGUAUACAGGACAGACCGUUGCAAUGAAGUUCAUCAUGAAGCAUGGCAAAAGUGAGAAGGACAUCCAUAAUCUAAGACAAGAAAUUGAGAUCUUAAGAAAAUUGAAGCAUGAAAAUAUUAUCCAAAUGCUUGAUUCCUUUGAAAGCCCGCAAGAGUUUUGUGUUGUCACAGAAUUCGCGCAAGGAGAAUUAUUUGAGAUUCUUGAGGAUGAUAAAUGCCUUCCUGAAGAACAAGUUCAAGCAAUUGCAAAGCAAUUGGUGAAAGCAUUAUACUACUUGCACUCUAAUCGCAUCAUUCACCGCGACAUGAAGCCACAGAAUAUUCUCAUUGGUGCUGGAUCUGUUGUCAAGCUUUGUGAUUUUGGGUUUGCACGUGCGAUGUCGAUGAACACUGUUGUUUUGCGAUCCAUAAAAGGAACUCCAUUGUACAUGGCUCCAGAACUUGUACGGGAACAACCUUACAAUCACACUGUUGAUUUGUGGUCUCUUGGUGUUAUAUUGUAUGAGUUGUUUGUUGGCCAACCUCCUUUUUAUACAAAUUCUGUAUAUGCUCUCAUCAGACAUAUUGUUAAGGACCCAGUUAAAUAUCCAGACAGCAUGAGCCCCCAGUUCAAAAGCUUUUUGAAAGGUUUACUUAACAAGGCACCAGAAAGUCGACUGACUUGGCCAGCUCUUCUUGAGCAUCCAUUUGUUAAGGAAACUUCAGAUGAAUUAGAGACAAAGGAAACGAGUGAGAUAUCUGUUUCACCGAAGGGCUGUGAUCCAACACGGAGGGGUGAAGAAAAAACCUAUCAACCUUCAACAGCUUUUGAGGAGAAUACUACUUUGCCUUCUCAAAGUGAAGCUCAGAAAAAUUGUCCCAACUUGGAGACAGCCCAUCCUUCAGUACAUAAUGCGUCCCCAGGAUUUUCAAAUCAAAAGAGUGUUAGAGAAACAGGUUGCCAGAGAUUGGAGAAACUAGAAAAUAUCUCUCGUACAGUGAAAGGUGCAAAAUUAAUUGGUCAGGAUAGUGAAGCAUUGGCUUAUCUUAUGCUACGCUUGAAAACAUGGUCUGAAGGAUCUCCUGACCAAUGCAGUGAUCAAGACAUUGUUGAUACAAAUCGGUCAUUGAGAAUUCUCUCAAAUCUAGUUGCAGCAGAAGCCCUCAGUUCUAGUGGACGAAUAGAUGAACUACUAAGUGAGCUUCUAGCAUUUAGCGGAGUUAUCAUGAGAAUUAAAUCCUCUGAAGCUAACGACAUGGUAGAAAAGAGUUUCUCUAUCACUAAAAUGUUAUUAGAUAAUAAUGGAAGCUUCAAUGCAAGCUCUUAUCUGAGGCAUUGGGUUGCGAUUGUGGAAAUUUAUUCACAGGUCGUAGCUUCCAUAAAUGAUGCAUCUGGAAAGGUUCUCUAUGAGUCCAGUGCAUGUAUUACAAUAAUGCUAUCUAAAGUUGCUCAGGCUGUUAAAUCAUCUUCUCAGACUUCAGGUCCCGAGACAUUGAAUGAGACGAUAAAAAAAAUUCUGGAUCAUGCUAAAACAUCUGGUGUAGUGGAUCUUUUGUGUCUCUGCUUAAAAGCUUCAGGUUCUUCAGGUUCUUCUAUUAUGUUACGGGCAGCUUCAGAGGCAUGUAGAGCUAUCUGGUCUCUGAUAAAUGCAUUGGAUAUUCUUUUCAUGAAAACAAAUGCCAUUGUAUUUCCUAUAGAUGCUUUGCAGAGCCAUUCUUUGUCCCGAUUAGAAAUUAUAGAUCAUGAUCAAAGUCCACUUAUUGGGUGUGAGUCAUCAAAAAUUGUUGAAGCAGUAACAAAAGCAUUUCUGAAUACCAAAGCCAUUCGGGUUGCUGUUUACUACUGUUUCCACCAAUGCCUUGAGGCUGCAAUGUCUUCUGGUCUUCAGCUUUUGUCAAGGUGUUGCCUGCACAGUGGUGUUGUUCCAUCACUCCUUUGUGGUCUUCCUAGCUCCCUUCCUGUGGCUACUGUUGUUAGUGGUGGUGGAGAUGGUACAAUUGUUUCGGAAAUAUUUUCUGUAUUGUCAUUAUGCACUGCCUCUUUAAAUAAAGAUCCACAAAGUGGAGAUUCAAAUAAUCUGAGGUGCAAAUUCACCAAUCCUUCUGCUCUGAUUCUUUCUUCAUGCCUCAUUCUUGCUAUAAUUGCUCAAUGUUUGAAGUCAUCUGGAAGAAAUUCAGCACUGUUUAUGCUCACAAACUCACCGAAGAAACAGCUCGCUCGACUUUCAUUGCUCGCCCAUCAUAUUUCUUCUGAUGAUAGAGAGAAAACUUCUUGUCAACCCCAAAAUGCAUCAGCCAUGCUUGCUUUAGCAUCCAUUCUAUCCCUUGAAUCAGGGGCUGCUAUUGAGUCCUCGAUCUUUGAAAUUGCCAUGCCUUUGAUUCCUCGAACAUCUUCACUAUAUGAUUAUCUUAAAAUUUCAUCUGUUAAUAAAAAUGAAUUGGAUCCUUCCUACCCUGGUGGGAAGCUCUCAUAUUGGCAAGGACUAAGGGAUGGUUGUGUUGGCCUUUUAGAUUCCAGACUGAAGUGGGGAGGACCAUUAGCUGUUCAACAGUUGUGUGCUAUUGGUGUCCCUCUUUUGCUUAUUGGCUUAUUAAGCAUUGAUGGCACCAAUGCUUCUCAUGGAGCUGAGUGCUCAAAUGAUACAGUUGGAUUAUCCCCUACAGGUGUUAUAUGGACAAUUUCAUCAAUAUGUCAAUGCCUCUCUGGUGGUGCUUCUACUUUUCGUCAGAUAUUGAUUAGGAAUGAACAUAUCAAGCUCUUUUCUAACUUGAUAUGUGAUGCUCAUCUGAAGUUGAUAAACAGAUGGAUUGGACCUGGUGGAGGGAGAGCAGGAGUUAGGGAUCUAAUUAAUGCAAUAAUAGAUCUCUUAGCAUUUCCAUUUGUUGCUCUACAAAAUGUGCCUGGCUUGCCGGCUGCCACAACAUCGAUCAACAGUGGAUUUCUUCUCAACAUGGGCUCUCCUUGUCAUAAAGUAUGCAUGGAAGAUAAAGCCAUAAUUAAAGCAAUAGAAGAUGACAUGGGAAAAUACAUCAAGAUCCUUGUUGAGGUUGGAGUUCCUGGUACUAUCCUGCGAUGCUUACAUAAUAUGGAGUUGAAGGAGUUGGGUAGGCCUGUUGCCUUUCUUGCUAAAAUGGUCAGUCAUCGCCCUUUGGCAUUUCAACUUGUGAGCCAAGGCCUUCUAGAUCCAAAUCGGAUGAGAAGGUUUUUCGAUGGUUCAGUCCCAAAAGAGGUCACACUAGAUGCCCUCAUGAUAGUUUCUGAUCUUGCUCGUAUGGACAAGGCGUUCUAUGAGUACAUUAAAGGUGCUUCUAUCUUGGAGUUCUUAAAAGGUUUUCUUUUGCACGAUGACCCCAACAUCCGCGCCAAAACUUGCAGUGCUAUUGGAAAUAUGUGUCGUCACAGUGCCUACUUUUAUAGUUCACUUGCAAGACAUCAGAUUGUAAGUAUUCUUAUUGAUCGAUGUGCUGAUCCAGACAGACGUACAAGAAAAUUUGCUUGCUUUGCUAUCGGAAACGCAGCCUACCACAAUGACAUGCUAUAUGAAGAGCUGAGAAGAUCCAUUCCUCAAUUGGCAAAUUUGCUGUUGAUGGCAGAAGAGGACAAGACUAAAGCAAAUGCGGCAGGCGCACUUAGCAAUCUGGUUCGCAACUCUGACAGGCUAUGUGAAGAUAUUGUAUCCAAAGGAGCAAUUCAGGCCCUCCUGAAGCUAAUUUCAGAUUGUUCGCUUACAGCAUUGAAUCCAAGCAGAAAUGAUUCGAUAAGUGAGUCCCCUUUAAAAAUAGCUCUCUUUUCCUUGGGAAAAAUGUGUGCCCACCAACCCUGCAGACACUUCCUCCGUUCAUCACCAUUGUUUCCCGUUGUUGGAAGGCUUCAACAAUGCCCUGAAUCAUCAAUUGCCAAGUAUGCCUCUGUAAUUGUCAGCAAAGUUGCUGAAGUUUGAUGGUCAAAAUGCCGGUUUGACCACAUGCCACCACGAUAAGCUUCCCCUCCAUGGAUGUCAUUCUACUUUUUCUAAAAUGUUUUAUAAAGUUGAGGAGAAAAUGUAAGAUAGGUGACUAGUAUUAGUAAAACUGGUAUGUGAUAAUAAAUUUAUGUUUGUACUUGAAAUGGACUGUAUAGUAGCUGAUGUAUAUAAUGUGUCAGCUAUGUCCAUUUUUAUAUAUCUAUUCCAUGUAUAAUAAAAAAAUUUUAACGAGCCA